AUGAAGUACGUCCAACUCGGCAAAAGCGGCCUCCGCGUAUCUCCCAUCUGCGUCGGCUGCAUGAGCUACGGCACCCCCGGCAAGCAACUCGACUGGGCAAUCGGCGAAGCCGACGCGUUGCCCAUCCUAAACCACUGCUACAAGUCCGGUCUCAACUUCUACGACACAGCCAACAUGUACUCCAACGGCGACUCGGAGAUCAUCCUCGGCAAGGCGAUCAAGGAAUUCAACUGGGACCGGGAGGCCAUAGUGAUCGCGACCAAAGUGUGGGCUCCUGUGGGACGGGGGUUCGAGAAGCCGCUUCGGAUGGCGGAGCAUGACCGUGACAAUACGGGGUACGUCAAUCAGUAUGGUUUGAGUCGCAAGCAUAUCUUCGAUAGUGUGGAUGCGAGCCUGAAGCGGCUCGAUCUGCCGUAUGUGGAUCUGCUGCAGAUACACCGGUUUGAUCCGCAUACGUCGCCGCGGGAGACGAUGGAGGCGCUGCAUGAUGUGGUCAAGUCGGGUAAGGUGCGGUAUAUUGGGGCGAGCUCGAUGUGGGCGCAUCAGCUGCUGGAGUAUCAGUAUACGGCGCGGCUGCACGGGUGGACGGAGUUUGUGAGUAUGCAGAAUCUGCAUAAUGCGAUGUAUCGCGAGGAGGAGAGGGAGAUGUUUCCGGCUUGUGCGCAGUUCGGCAUGGGCGGCAUCCCGUGGAGUCCUGUCGCGCAGGGGUUUUUGACCAGGCCGUGGGGGGAGUAUGGGGGGACGACGCGGGGGGAGGGGCAGGAUGGUAAGUUGAUGGGGAGGCAUAUUACAGAGGCGGAUCGGAGGGUUAAUGAGCGGGUUGAGGAGAUUGCGAGGGCGCGGGGCGUGUCGAUGGCUGUUGUUGCGCUUGCUUGGGCGCUGUCGAAACCGUUUAUUACGUCGCCGAUUGUGGGGAUGAGUAAGGAGGAGAGGGUGGAUGAGGCUGUCCAGGCGAUUGACUUUGAGCUUGGGGAGGAUGAGAUUCGGAGUAUUGAUGAGUUGUAUGAGCCGAAACAUGUGGUGGGACAUCAGUAG